GGUUGCUUAUUACGACGCGGGUGUCCCGCCUUCCCUCACGGUUAUAAAGGAAGAAGAUUUCUAGCCAGGCGGCACAUAUCCAAGUGACCUUCGCCGAGGCGAAUUAGGGGUCGGCAUUUUAUUCUCUCUCCACUUACUCCAAGAUGCGUUGUUCAUCCCUUCUCUCGACCAUAGUCCUAGUGACAUGGAUCAGCGCCUCAGAGGCCGUUUUGCUCGGAGCAGCGCUGGCCCUGGGAGGCCUAGCAGCCUUGAAGGGCGCCGCCCUUGUCGGUCUAGCCGUCCAUAAGCACAAGAAAUUCGGCCAUCACUAUCAGACACCCCAGUAUUACGGAGCACCUCACGGCGGCUACGGCUACGGCCAUGGCUACGGCUACGGCUACCGGAGAUACCGAAAGGGUCGGUCAGCGGACGACACUUCCUUCGAAGAAUACGGCGAGGACCUCCUCUUGUCCACCGUGGGGCAGCUAGACCCGAACGGCUGCGUCCUUAAGCUCCUGUGCCAGGCGCACGUCAAGAAGGUGGCUGCGCGCUCGCUGGAGGAAGCCAUCUUGGUCGACCUGUUCUCCAACGGCACCGGAAAACUCACGUCUCAAAGCGCCGCGUUCGUCUUCGCCACCGACAUCGGGGUGAAGACACAAGACCCCUUGGCCUGCAAGAAGUACUUUCCGAACUGUCCUCUGAGCGAGGGACAGCUCAGCGGGCUUCUGCAAAUGGCGUGGGGCUGCGGGCUCAACGUCUUCCAAGGAGACGAUGGUGUAAUUGCGGAAGACGGAAGGCAGCAAGGAGCUGGCCAAGUCACUGAGCAAGAAGUGCCAACUACCGCCGGUCCCCAAGCGACGCUGGGCGGUCUUGUGAAAAAGGGUAUCCGAUCUUAAAUCUCUCUCUCUCUCUCUCUCUCUCUCUCUCUCUCUCGUCUCUCUCUCUCUCUCUCUCUCUCUGCCGUUUUAUAAGCUAGGAUUAGAUGCUUUAAUUCAUUUCCUUUUUUACACGUCAUGAAGUUCCAGAGGUACAUUUUUUUUUUAAAGAAACGUAACAGGCGCCAAAAGGCUAGACUGAUGAAUGCUUAUUGUAAGUUAACUGUUAAUGAAACACACACACACACACACACACACACACACACACACACACACACAUAUAUAUAUAUAUAUAUAUAUAUAUAUAUAUAUAUAUAUAUAUUAUUGGAUGAUGUAUAAUAUAAUAUAUCACUAUAUGUAUUGUCAUACAGCGUAUGAAAAUAUACGCGUAUUUAUAUACUGUUGUAUACAUACGAAAACAAUUACAAGAACAUGUCCGUAUCGUACAUACACAUUCUCAGGGAAAACGUCUCUUAACAUACACACACAAAUAAAUACAUAUAAAAGAUAAGUCAAUACUUACCUAUAUAGAAAAUAGUCUUAAGAAUAGGUACUGUAGUUCACCAGGGAAUUUGGGCAUUAAACAGACUAUAGUAGUUCUGAGUCUUGAGUGAUGUUUUAGUCAUGUUUCUCGUUCAGGACUAAACGUUUGUCUUUGUCAUGUUUCUAAUUAGAUGUUACGUUCUUUAUAAUGUUUUUAUUAUUAUUAUUUUUCAUCGUUAUGAUUGUUGUGGUAACGAAGAAUAAUAAUGAAAGAUGUGAAUGAUUUUAUCAUUAAA